AUCCUCACUUCCCUCAAAGAACUUUGAAUAUCUCCAAAUCAAAUAUCAAUAAGCACACACAUACACACGCACGCGCGCUAUUUCUCAGAUAUCUCUCAAAAUACUCUUAAAAAUAGACAUCACCAAAGUGAAUAAAAAAAAAUGUCUCGCGAAGCCUACCAAGUCCCCGCCCUCGACAACAAUCAAACCGCCUUUGGCAACGGCGGUGGUGCCGGUAGCUAUGGCGCUGCCCAACCUCAAGUACAGUCAGUGCGAUAUAUCUGCGGUGAAUGUGAUGCGAAGUUCUCCUUGCCUCAUAAUGCGACCCUGCGUUGUACGGAGUGUGGACAUCGGAUAUUGUAUAAGGAGCGGACGAAGAGAAUCGUUCAGUUCGAGGCGCGAUAA